AUGGAGGCCUUGCUCACCUUGGCCUGUGCCAACCGGAGCUCCUGGAGCGCCACCUUGCUGGAGUUCUUGCAGGACGAAGGUGCCAUGGAGCAGGUUCUCGCUGCCAGCAAUCGUGAGGGGGAGGAGGGCCAGCGGUUGGUCGUCGAGCUGCUGCUGCGUGGCUUUGAUGGCCCAGUGGCGCAACGCUUCGCAGCGUCUCCGCCGGCUCCCAGGAAGCGGCUGCUCAACCAGCUCUUCAUGUCGCGUGAUGCCUUCGUCCGCGUAGCGGUCGGCCUUUUGCUGGCGGCCUUGCUAUGCCAGGAGGACUAUGGUGAGGCCCCGACUUCGACAGAUGCCGCGCUGAAACUCUGA